AUGUAUAAUUUGGACGUUCAUAGUGUUCAAAUACGCAAUGCUUUUUCAACACCGUAUUCCAAACAAAGAGGAAGUUACUUUGGCUAUUCCAUUGCAUUUUAUGUAAAUGGAAAUGAUUCAAUUUUACUUGUUGGGGCUCCCAGGGCGAAUGUAAGUACAUUACAAGGUGUAAUUGAACCAGGAACUGUAUACCAAUGUCCACUUAAUAAUGCAUGCAAAGAGUGGCAUAUUGAUGAAACUGGAAAUGGUCAACAUAAACAUAUCUAUAGAGAAAAACAAAGUAAAGAUAAUGCAUGGAUUGGUGCAACAAUUGCUGUAGAAAACAAAAAUUCUCCAAGAAUUGUGAUUUGCGGUCCACGAUGGACGCUUAUUGAUUUACGUUGGACGGUGAAUAGAUUCAUGACUGGCAUUUGUUACUGGGCAGAAAUUAAAUCUUUUAACAAAGAAGUCAAACAUGGAAUAGUAUCGUUUUCCGACCAGUCGCAAUUAAUAAUUACUAGAAGAAAUCAGUAUGUUUACAAUUUGGGAAUGGGUCUAGCUGGAUUUUCUUUACAUGUGUCUAACAAAGUGCAAUGGACAGUAAUAUUAGGUGCUCCUGGUGCACUUAGUUGGAGAGGUACAUCCUUCUUAGUUACAGAGUCUUCUAAAAAAAAAAUAGAAACAAUAAAUCUAUUUCCUACUUAUGAAGUAGAAUUUGACAGUGGUGAUUACUCUGGCUACGCUGUAACAUCUGGUAAUUACUUUGAAAAAGGAGAAUUAUGGUUUGCUUCAAGUAGUCCACAUGCUAACAAUAUGCAUGGAAAAGUUGUUAUAUUCAAUUUUUCUAAUAACGAUAAUAAGAAAUCAACAGUGAAAAAGACUGUAUAUGGAGAUCAGCUUGGUGAAUAUUUUGGAGCUGCUUUAACAUCAUGUGACCUCAAUAAUGAUUAUAAAGAUGAACUAAUAAUUGGAGCUCCGCAAUGGGCGAAAGAUAUGGAUGAAGGCCGAAUAUAUAUCCUUAAAGCUACCCACAGUGAUGUUUUUGAGAAACAAAUGUUUGAAGGGGGCACACCUGGAAGUCGAUUUGGUUCUGUCAUAACUUGUCUUGGAGAUAUUGAUUAUGAUGGUUAUGCUGACUUUGCUGUUGGUGCACCAUACGAGGAACAGACUGGUGCAAUAUAUAUAUUUAAUGGCAACAGUAAUGGAUUACUUAAACGUUACAGUCAAAAAAUAAUUGGCAAAGAGUUUGGGGAACACGUCCGUGGCUUUGGAAUGUCAAUUUCAGAAUCCCGUGAUAUAAAUAAUGAUAGAUAUCCUGAUAUUGCUGUAGGCGCUCCUUUGUCAGAUCAAGUAAUUAUAAUAAAAUCUAAGCCAGUUGUUGCAGUAACGACAGAAUUAAUAUAUUUGAAAAAACAAAAACUGUUACAAAAUUCUACAUUAUUUUUAAUCCAAGUAUGUACAUCAUAUAAUGGAACAUAUGCGCCUACUCAUCUUGAAAUUUCUCAAUUGCUUAAAGUUGAUGAAAUGUAUGGAAGAGCAUUUUAUGAUACAAAAAAAAGGAAAGACAACAUUCAUCAUUCCAUUACUUUACAGAACUCUAAAACUUCGUGUACUUCAGAUAAAAUUAAUUUAAAGAUCCAAAAUAUAAUAGAUCCUUUGGAAAUAUUUGUAUCAGUUAAAUUAAAACAAGAAAAUGAGGCAAUUAUAAAUAAAUUUCUUUCUAAAACUGAAGAUGUAAUGAAACUGCCAUUUGCUGUAGACUGCGGAGAAGAUAAUGUUUGUACAUCAGAUGUUAAAAUAAUGUUGUCAACGGACUUAAAGUUUGGUAACAAAUAUACAAUUGGGUCUUCAUUCACUGUUAAACUUAUAAUAAAUGCUUAUAAUUAUGGUGAACCAGCAUAUCAAGCUAAAAUAUACAUAUAUAUUCCAAAUAUAUUAUUCUUGGCAAGUGUACCAUCUUCAUGCAUGGAGGGUUCUCAUGUACACGAUACUUUAGAAAUAAUUUGUGAUAUUGGAAAUCCACUGAGGGCAAAUAAAACAUUAAUAUUGGACUUAGAUCUGAGUGAAAUUCGAUAUGGUAUUGAUCAAGUAAAAUUAAUGUCAAAUUUUACUAUGCAAAGUGAACAAAAGAAUUCAUCGAAUCAUACACAAACUUUAAUUAUAUACUUUGAUGUUGACGUUGAUGUAGCAAUAGCAGGGAAAACACAGGAUGACUUGUAUUCGUAUUUUGGUAAAGUCCAACACCAAUUAAAUGACAUUCAAUUUGAGCAUGUUUAUGAAGUGCAAAAAUUUGGUGUCAGUCCACUUGAAGAAGUUGUACUCACAAUUAGUAUUCCAACAUACUGGAAACAUUCUACAGAAGAUAUACAGAUUAUUAAUCUUAAUAAGACAACUGGUUAUAUGGAUGGGCAACAACUUUAUUGUACACACUCAAACGUUACACCUUCAGUUUCUUUAAUCAGUAUACCAAACAUUUAUUCUGCGCAUUCUAAUUUGAGUGUACAGGAAAAAUUUAAAACGAAAACUAAUUUUUCAAUGAGUUUACCACCCGUGAAUAGGUCACUGUAUCUUGACUGUGCAAAUACUAAUGUACAAUGUACCUAUCUUGAAUGUAAAUUAAGUCCUUUUACAAGUUCCUUGUCUGUAGCCAAAGUUACUCUUAUGUUAGAUCUUUAUUUAAAAAAUUUUAAAUCAAAUAUGUUAGAAGGAAAGGAUAUCAUAUACUUUUUAUCUAACGGAACUGUGAAUAUUGCACAACCAUAUAACAUAACUCAGAAAUAUGGACACAAACCUGACAAUACUAUUGUUGCAACAAUGUUCUUAGGUUCACCAGUGAGUGAGCAACUUGCAACUUGGAUAAUACUUUUAUCAAUUGCUUUAGGAAUUGUAUUACUCGUGUUUUUAAUUAUUGGAUUGGUUACAAUUGGAUUCUUUAAUAGAAAAAAAAGAGAGGAACUUCAAACAUUAAAA